UCGGUUAUGGUCAAACCAGUCGCGAUCGUGAUUUCGAACUUGAAUAUCGGUUCCCUGACCCAGUCGGUGAUCCCAGUGUCCGUUGUGAUUGAAUUAUGAACUAAAAGUGGUCGGCGAGUGCGAACGAAUCAGAAUGAAGUUCUCGGACCUGUUUGCGUUGGGUCUGAUGGUGGUCCUAACGGUGUUGCUCGAUCGUGGUGACCCAGUUUGUGCGCUGUCCACCGUUGGACGGAACACUGAUGGGUUGGUAGUGGAACCGGCGGCACCGACCGAGGCCAUUUCGGAGGAUUUGGCUAAACAGGAACAAACCGAGCCAGUUAAGUACGACGGAGCCCAGUUGUGGCGGAUCGAUUAUGACGAUCAGAUAAAAAAGAAUGCCGUCGCAGAUCUGCAGAAUAAAUACGAUGCAUCCAUGUGGAACUACAACAUCACCUAUGUGGAUGUUUUCGUGAAGGGCCCGAAACUGGCAGGCGCUCGGAAGCUACUGGCCCAGGCACAAAUUCCGUUCGAGGUGAUUAUCGACGACGUUCAGAAGGCGAUCGACACCGAAAACCCACCCAAGGACGAACUGGAUCUGUGGGAGAAUCGCGACGGACACCGCAUGACCUGGACCGCAUACCACCGUUUAGCAGACAUACAUGAAUGGAUGGACUAUCUCGCAAAGUCCUAUUCCGACAUUUGCAGCACCCGAAGCAUUGGAAAAUCGUUCCAAGGUCGCGAUCUUAAGGUUCUCCGCAUCUCCAAUGGAAACCCAUCCAACUCCGCCAUUUGGAUCGACGGCGGAAUUCAUGCCCGGGAGUGGAUCAGUCCGGCCACGGUUACCUACAUCGUGAACAACCUGAUAGAAGAAUGGGACGAUCAGCCAGAGUACGUACGGAACAUUGACUGGUACGUGCUUCCGGUACAGAACCCCGACGGAUACGAGUACACCCACUUGGGAGAUCGACUGUGGCGGAAAAACCGACGCGGAUCACUGUUCGGACCGUGCGCCGGAGUGGAUCUGAAUCGGAACUAUGGCUACAAAUGGGGCGGACAGGGCUCUUCCAAGCAACCAUGCUCGGAGAUCUUCGCCGGGAGUGGCCCAUUCUCGGAACCGGAAACGAAGGCCGUAAGCAGUUUCAUGCAAUCGUCGGCUGCAAACUGGAAGGGAUUUUUGACGUUCCACAGCUACGGACAGUAUAUUCUGUACCCGUGGGGUUACGAUCGGGUGGUUCCACCCGAUCAUCUUGAUCUGAAGGCAGUUGGGGACGAAGCUGCUCAGAAAAUGCUUCAGACCUCAGGAUCUUCCUACACGGUAGGACCAUCCGGUAACACACUGUAUCCUGCUGCCGGUGGAGCGGACGAUUGGGCCCGCGGUGACAUGAAAAUCAAAUACUCAUAUACAGUUGAACUGCGCGACAGUGGACGCUAUGGAUUUGUUCUUCCAGCAAGUCAGAUUAAACCCACUGGAGAGGAAGCUUUUAUAUUUGUCGAUUCGGUUGCUCGUGCCAUAUCCAAAUUGAAAUAAAUCAAAAUUAAUCCGCUUGA